AUGCCUGAGUCUACUCCACAGCCGGCGGGUGUUCCAUCCGUCAGCGAGGAUAUAUACGUGCUAGGUGGACAAGGAACCACGGCGACCUCCAGUGCUGAAACAGUAGCAACAGCUCUCCAAGAUGCUCAGCAACCUCUUGGGAAGGUUCUCGUAUCCGCAUGUCACGUUAUCUUCCUUGACGAGCUCGCCUCGCUCUCUCCAGCCGAACUGACACUAUGCGGACUAGACCCUAGCCAGCUCCAAAGUGCUGCUACGCUGCUGGAUGUCCCCACUGACUUACAAUCGCACCCUAUUCUUGCCAACGUCAAUCUGUAUCUCACACAACUGCUGCGUUUCGUCGCCAACACACAUUCUUCCGACCUUGCUUGUGCACGCCGUUCUGCCGUUCUUGGCUUCUCCACAGGUCAGCUCGCUGCUUCAGUCAUCGCUGCUUCAACAGGAAUCUCGAGUUUUCUUCAUCAUGCGGUCGCAGUGCUCCGUUUCGCGUUCUGGUUUGGAUACAAUGUGCACAAAUUCGUCUCCGGUGGAGAACAUUCGAGCACCAACAGCUCUCCGUGGAGUGUAGUCUUGCUUGGUUGGUCCAGAGAUGAGGUUGCAGACGCUGUGGGUGUAUUCAACGACGCUCAUCCGAAUAGUCCCCCAGUCUACCUCACCGCCGUAACGAACGAAAGUUGUACGACGGUCUCUGGACGACCGGAAGCUGUCUCCGAAUUCGAAGCUACCCAUAGACCUUCCUCAACAUCCGCAUCGCACUUCGCGCAUAUACACGCCUUGUACCAUGCGCCUGUCCUCCGACCUACGAGAGAACGCGUCCUCGCCGACUUGCGAAGGCGGAAUGUACAGUUUCCGGCCUACGGUGAUCUCAGACGAAGCCUUCGCUCGUCAAUAGACGGCAGUCUUAUCGACUCGCUGCAUCACACUUCCGGCUCGACACUCGUUGAGGACGUCCUUGACAUGCUUCUCCUGCAUCCUGUCAACUUCGAUAAGGUGGUGGAAGGCAUUCGCAUUGAUCUAUCUACUAAGGAUGUCCAAUCCAUCCGCUUGGUAAAUCUGGGACCAGGUACAGGCCUCUGGCGUAGUGCGGUGCGCGACCUGCGGACUCGUGGUCUGUCAGUCGAUGCUGUCGACUGGCCUCCCCCAACCUCCGUUUCCGAUGUGAUUUCCGUACCUCGUCAACCAUCCAUCGCCGAAAGGCAUUUUCAGAAGGAGCCUAUCGCGAUUGUCGGCAUGGCGCUAAACUUCCCCGGGGCUCCAAAUGCCGCUGAGCUUUGGAGGGUGCUCGAAGAAGGCAUCAACACAGUCAGCGAGAUACCUUCUGAACGCUUCGACGUUGCCAACUACAUGCGCGACGCGGAUGACACGGGGCGAUCCUUGCGGUCUGUCCGCGGCAACUUCCUCGAGGACGCCGACGUCUUCGACAACGCGUUCUUUCGCGUGAGUCCCCGCGAGGCGCGCAGUAUGGACCCGCAGCAGCGCGUCCUGCUCCACGUCGCGUAUCAUGCGCUCGAGGACGCGGGGUACGUCCCGAAGGCUACGGCGUCGUUUGACCCGGAGACGUUCGCCGUGCACGUCGGGGUCGCUACCAAUGACUACGUGCAGAACCUGAAGGAUGAUGUGGACGUGUAUUACAGUACUGGCACAUUGCAGGCGUUCCUGAGUGGUAAAAUCUCGUAUGCAUUCGGGUUUGGAGGUCCUUCCGUCGUCGUCGAUACGGCAUGCUCAUCCGCCAUUGUCGCCAUGUACCAGGCCUGCCGGUCGUUGCAGGCUGGUGACUGUAACGCCGCUCUUGCUGGCGGCGUCAAUAUCAUUGCAAGCCCUGAUAUGCACGUCGGGCUUGACCGUGCCCACUUCCUCAGCCCCACAGGACAGUGUCGCCCCUGGGACGCCUCCGCAGAUGGCUAUUGCCGCGCGGAAGGUUGCGGUAUGUUCGUCCUCAAGCGACUCUCCGACGCGCGCGCCGAGAACGACCGCAUCCUCGGCGUCAUCCGCGGCAUCGAGGUCAACCAGUCCGGGACGGCCGACUCGAUCACACACCCGCACGUCGCAACGCAGACGAGGCUCUUCAGGAAGGUGCUCGACUCCGCGGGCGUGCGCCCCGCGGAGGUGAGCGUCGUGGAGGCCCACGGGACGGGGACGCAAGCGGGCGACCCUGCGGAGAUCGAGGCGCUGCGAAGUGUUUUUGGUGCGGAUGAGGAACGGGAGUGUGUGUUGCGUAUCACUUCGGUGAAGGCGAAUGUUGGACAUGCGGAGGCGGCCUCGGGCGCGGCGAGCCUCGCGAAGCUCGUGCUAAUGAUGCGGCAUAGAAAGAUCCCAAGGAACAUCUCGCUGAAGCGGCUCAACUCGAGGAUCCCGCCGCUCGAGAAGGAUGGGCUUUGCAUCGAUACAGAGGUGUCUGCUUGGGACCUGCCGAGGAACGUUGGUAGGCGUGUGGCCUUGCUGAACAACUUCGGGGCUGCUGGGUCGAACGCGGCGUUGGUACUUGAGGAGCCACCUCUGCUGCCCGAGUCGACGGCUGAAGAGAAGCAGCGGACUGUUGUCCUUGGCCUAUCCUGCGACAGCGUCGGAGCUCUGGAAGAGCUCCGUGAAGGGUGUCUGGCGGCUCUGGGCGAUCCUUCGUUGGAUGAUGCUUCACUCGCCGACUUCGCCUACACCGCAACAGCACGAAGACAAGCCUACAGAUACCGCGUAGCUGCCCACGGCCAGUCAAAGGAAGAGCUAUGUCGUGAACUCCGGGCAGCGCCCGUCGUGCAGGUCGGCGAGCACACCAAGAAGGUCGUCUUUCUGUUCUCUGGGCAAGGCGGACAGUACUGGGGUAUGGGCUCGGGGCUAUACGAAGUCGUGCCGAGCUUCCGACAGGCGGUCGAUCUGUGCCAUAAGAAACUGGUCUCUUGGGGAUACCAAGGAGUGCUCGAUAUGAUCAGAGGCGUAUUUGCUCGCAACGACAACGGGAUCGGUGCCAGUCAUUGCCUGGAGACGACGCAUUGCGCGCUCUUCGUCCUGGAGUACGCGCUGGCGCGUAUGUGGAGAUCCUGGGGGGUACACCCUGACAUAGUCAUUGGCCAUAGCCUCGGAGAAUACGCCGCGCUGCUCUGCGCUGAAGUCAUCAGUCUCGAUGAUGCCCUUCGUUUGGUGGCCCAGCGAGCCAGGUUGACGAGCGAGCAUUGUUCACGAGGCACUUCCGGGAUGCUCGCUGUCAGGGCAGAUCCAAGUCUUGUCACAGAAAUGUUGAAGCAAGACGCGACUUACGAAGGGCUCUCCCUUGCGUGUCAUAACAGUGAUACAGAUUGCGUCGUCGGCGGGCAUUCGACUCAGCUGGAGCUCUUCGAGAUGGCCUGCCAACGCUCCGGGUACCCAUGCAAGCACCUGGACGUCCAAUAUGCGUAUCACACAUCUUCCAUGAACCCGAUCGUCGAUGGGCUUCUAUCUCUUGGCCAAACCAUACAGUUCUCGGCUCCGAAGGUACCGCUGGUGUCCACAGUACUUGGCGGCGUCGCUCGGAUCGGCGAUGAUGCUUCGUUCACUCCAGACUACUUCGCGAAGCACUGCAGAGAUCCGGUGCUCUUCCGCCAGGGCAUACAGGCCCUCUUCCGUCACGAUCCAAGUGCCAGGGACGCGGCAUGGCUUGAACUCGGUCCUCAUGCGACGACAUCUCCGUUGCUACGUGCAAACGGCUUGACCGGAGGUGGUGUGGUCAUGUCUACGUUGCGCAAGGGACAAGCGGACGAAGACUCCGUCUGCCGUGUCCUCAGCCAGAUGUACUGCGCUGGCGUCGAGGUCGACUGGCGUAGCAUCUUCGCAGAUCUAACGCCGGGCGCCAAGGUUACAGACACUCCGUCGUAUCCUUUCACUAAGACGCGCUUCUGGGUACGCUACUCAGAGAGCAAACGACCGCGAACAUCCGGCCCCAGCCGCAAACCGUCGUCGACAUUCUCCAGCAACAUUAUAGGUGGCAAGUGCAUCCAUUGGCCAGCAACAAACGGCGAUCUACCUGCGCUGUUCGAACUUGACAUCGCCCAGCUAUCUCAGUUCAUAGACGGCCACCAAGUUGUGGGAUCCCCCCUCUGUCCUGCGUCCGUCUAUCAGGAGCUCAUUCUCGCGGCUGGUCAUGCCUGGUGCGAGAGGAUAGGGCUUCCCCCCUUUGCGUCAUCGCUCGUACUGUCCGGUAUCACGUACGAGGCUCCUCUCGUCUAUGCUUCCCAUCGUCUGAGUACUGUGAGAGUCGAAAUCUCCUCGAAAGGCGCGGAGGGUGGCUUCAAUGCACAGUUCGUAAUCCAUUCCGCAGUCUCACGUACGCGGGGACCGUGGCAAUCGCACUGUACGGGAAGCGUAUACGCGGACCUCUCCGACUCUAUCAAGGAGCGUCUCUCGCGUUUCCAGGACAAGAUCCAGGAGUGCAUCGAGUCUCUUCGGAUAGGGGCUCGGGACAGCCGCACACUGUACGCGUCUACGAUCUAUGAAGGCGCGUUUUCUAGGGUGGUCGACUACUCGAACUUGUUCCGUACCAUCAAGGUCAUCACAAUACGGUGCGAUGGCGCGGAUGCGUAUGCGCUGGCGCAAUCGCCUACGGCGGAUACCGGGCAAUACAUCGUUCACCCAGUCUUCAUGGACACGCUCCUGCAUACAGCAGGUUUCCUCCUGAACCACGAAUCCGAUGCUGACGGCCACAUCUUCGUUUGCAGCCACGUUCAGACCGUCGUGGUGCUCCCUGACUUCCUCCGCCCAUCUGCUAUGUUCGGGGUGUACUGUCAAAUUGGCUACCUCUCGCAGACCAUGGCCAUUGCUGAUGCCUAUGCCAUCGACCUGGAAGGAGGAUCAGGUCAAGUCUUCGCGCACAUGGGCAAGAUACAAUUUCGCAGGCUAUCCGUGACGGGCUUCAAGGCGAUCCUUUCCAUGAGUGUCGACGAAUCCUUCCACCGUCUCCCACCAUUCCCUGCAUCUGAUACCCCGGGCUCAUCAACGCAGCUUCUUUCUGUGCAGGCUUGCAUCCUCCAGCUGGUUGCGCGAAUGUGCGACAUCCCUCUCGAUCAUGUCAACCCCGAGUCGCGCCUCAAAUACCUCGGCGUGGACUCCCUGAUGAGCAUCGAACUGAUCGGUCGCCUGAAUGAUACAUAUUCGUCGCUCAACAUGAGCCCGCGCACAUUGGGUCAUCUCGAGCGAAUCAGCGACCUGGUCGACUUCGUAGAGCAGCGGAUCUUCCUACAGGCAGAUGCAAGCCAUGACUCCGGACUACCCGAUGACGCGCGGCGAGGCAGCAUACCUUCUGUGACCCGGGUCACGGCCGAGUACGUGAAGAGCGUGCUCGCAGGUGUCCUGGACAUACCGCCAGAGAAGUUAGGUGAUGACGAGCACCUAGACCGCCUCGGACUCGAUUCGUUGUCGUCUAUAGAGGUUCGACAUGCGCUUAGUACAGCCUAUGGCUAUCGAAUCCCGCUGGAUGUCUUCGCUAGAUGCAAGACUGUCAAGGACCUCUCAAGUGUGCUCGCAGGUUGUGCAGCUUGCUCCAGCCCAUCUGCAAAUCCUUCCGUGGACCUGGGGGUGGGGACGAGCCCAUUUCUUUUGCAAGAUAGCGAACACCAGACGGCGACUCCUCUAGUGCUAAUCCACGAUGGCAGCGGAAUGGUGCAUCCGUACAUGCGCCUAGGCGACCUUGGUCGGUGCGUCUGGGGUAUCCACAACCCCAAGCUAUCCACGGGAGAUGAGUGGAAAGGCGGCAUCCCAGAAAUCGCUGAAUACUAUGCGAGCCUUAUUAGCGCAGCGUUAGAUGCGGACCGUCCUUGCAUACUUGGAGGGUGGUCCUUUGGCGGCGUUGUCGCAUUCGAGGUAGCCCGCCUGCUGAUUGAAAGCGGACAUCGAGUAGAAGGCCUGCUCCUCAUCGACUCCCCACACCCUCAAAUAAGCUGUGCGCUUCCGGAAGCGGUCAUCGACGCCGUCGUCAGCGCGAAAGUGGCGAAUCCCAGACACGCCGAACUCAUGCGUCUGCAGAUGCGCUUUGCGUCGAAGGCCUUGACGCUCUACGACCCUGCGCGCUCACCUGCGUGCCACGUCGAGGCACCGAGGACCGUGAUGCUGCGGUCCCAGGAGGCUUACGACAUCGAUAUGGAGGGAUGCGAGACCGCGGUGUUUCUGACCGAUAGACGAGAUCGAAACAAGGCUGUCGAGGGUUGGCAGAGAUUGCUCGGUGCAAUGGUCCCCAUCAUCGACAUCCCCGGUAAUCACUUCCAGCCGUUCGAACAUGAGAACGUACGUAUCCAAGUAAAACGGACUCCCUUCGCGAUGUUGACGUUCUGA